UCACAGAUCAUCCUUAUUACAGAUCAUCCUUAUUUCUUGAAGGUUCUUCUUCUCUUCUAAUCUAUCUAUUCACUCCUAUCCAACAUAUAAAAAGGCUAGUUAUGGCUGGACAGCAUCCUGAAAAUGUUGAUUCGACCUUUGAAAUAAGCAUUACACCAGGUAUAGCUUUCAAUCCGGAAAAUGCUAAGGGGCAAGCACCACAUCCCACAUCCAAAAUUGGAGGACUUAGAGCAAGGGAAAAAUGGGAAACAAAACUUCUUUCAGCUUCACUGUGGAAUAAGAUAAUUGUAAUUUCAUGUGUUAUUGCAGUUUCCCUAGAUCCCUUGUUCUUUUACAUUCCAUUCAUCGAUAAGGAAAAGAAAUGUCUUGGAAUGGACAAAAAGUUGAGGAAUGUUGCUCUUAUUUUGCGAUCUCUCACAGACAUCACUUUCUUAGUGCAUAUUGGAUAUCAAAUUUGGGAAGCUAGCAAUAAGGCCUAUAAGGCAAUCACAGGACGAAAAACACUCUGGCAAAAGGAUUGGCAACCAACAUUGAAAAAAAAUGAGAUAAUUCCAUUUGCUAAGAAGUUUGCUGGGUAUUUGUCAUGGCUCUCUUUCUUAACUGACCUUCUCGCUGUUCUUCCCAUGCCACAAAUUUUAGUAGUAGUGCUUUUCUUCAAAAUGAAAGGGCCGGAAUAUUUGGAACACAGAAAGGUUUUGAACCUUUUUCUUCUCAGUCAGUAUUUGCCGAGGAUUUUUCGAAUUAUCUUAUCAUCUAAGAAACUUACAAAUACUGGAAUACGGGUCAAAGCCGUAUUCAAUUUUUUUCUGUACAUUCUUGCGAGCCAUGUACUUGGAGCCUUUUGGUAUUUUUUUUCCGUUCAACGAGAGACAUCAUGUUGGCACCGAGCUUGUAAAGGAAACACUACUUCAACAAAUACUACAGAUUAUACAGGAUGCAUGAGUACCUUUUAUUGUGAUCCCAAUACUACUUCAACAAAUACAUUUUUCAAUGAAACUUGUGGUGUAGAAUUUCCAGGGGACAAGCAGCCAUUUAAUUAUGGAAUAUUUCUUGAUUCCCUUAAGAAUGAUGGUAACACGGGGGAUAUAGAUUUUCCAACCAAGUUAUGCUUCUCUUUUUGGUGGGGCUUGAGAAAUCUAAGCAACUUUGGUCCCAGGCUCAAAUUAAAUUAA